CGCUGCCCAGGCCUUGUCUGCUCGGAUAACAACAAAACGAAACAAACAAGCAGGCAGCAGGCACCAGGCACAGGCAGUGCACAGCAGGGCUUGAGAACAGUAAAGUGUCAACGCCGGUGAGAUCGAGAAUAAAAAAGUUUGCUGAUGCGCAGAGUAUUCAACUUGAGCUGAAAGUAUUGAAACACACACCUAAAAUACCGCUGUUGAACAUGAAGUAAAAUCCUCAUUGCAACAUUGGGUUGUUGGUUCAAUGUGUGCUUUUGACUGGACAAAAUUUGCCUUCUAAUAACAUCAGCGCCAGCAUGGCUUCACAAGCCAAGUUCUCAGAUAUGAUGUCCCAGUUUUCUAGUGGAAAUGGACCUUACAAACCACCGCCUCCUAAAAAACAGCGACAAAAAAUAAAAGCUCAAUACUCUCAACUGGACGUGCAGAGCGUUGACGUUUCAAACUCAACAAACAAAUGCUUAACUGGGAAUGCAGAAAAUGCUGUAAAACCAGUCCAAAAUAAUGAGUUUGAGUGGUCUGAUGAAGAAAUAGAUGGCGUGGAAUUGGAUGCAAUCCUAUCCCAGUAUGACGUUCCUCGUGAGUCUGCGGCCCAAGCUGAGGCUAAUUGUAAUCCUGCACCACAAAUGGAAGACUGUGAAAUGAUUAAGCCGGACUCCAAAAUAAAUCUGCCUCGUCAAGACAUCAUUAUUGAAAAAACAAUGACCAAGCAGGUAGACCCAAAACCAAGCUCUUCAAAUCUGAAAAAAGAUGAGCUUGAGAAGCAAGCCAGCUCUCAAGUGGUCGCAGCACUUAAAAGAGCACCAAAUGCUGAAAAAAGGAGAGCCAAACGCAGCGCUGAAAGCAACAGCUCAAAUACACCUACUGUUGAUUGUGUUGAUCCCAUAUUUGAUGUGAUAUUGACAUUGAAGACUGAAAAGAAGAAAUGUGAUCAGGAUAUCAAAAGCAAAGAGGAACUUGAAAAAACUGAAGCUCUUCUCAGUGCGACAUAUGCUGAAUUAAUGAAUGUUCCAACAUACAGUCCUAGGCUUUACACAUCUAAAAAUAUACAUCAACAUUGGGAGUUAAGAAGUUUAGAUAGCGCAGAGAAAUGGUUUCCCGAAGAACAGGCGCCUAGCCUCCGACUUCAACUCGUUUUACUCGAAUCGACUUGCAAUGCCGACUUGUUGAAUCUGAGCCGAAACUUAAAUGAGCCUAUAGAUUUGAGCUAUCAAAAGGAUUCUCCAAACAUGCACGGUCUUCCUCUGGUGCUGCAACAAAUAGCUCAAAUCUGUGAUACUGCUGCUAUCAGACACGAUUAUUUCACAUUAGGCCCUGUUGUGUGUGCAUCAGUCAAUUUUAUCACCAGUGUUCUUCUCUUUCCAGACAACAACUAUUUACACAUAAGCCACUGGAUAUUGCAAAAAUGUGCUGACAUGAAAACUGUGCCUUGUGUGCUUCUAUCGUUGCUGGAAGCGAUGCAUAGAAUAUUGGCGUCAAAGCCCAAGCUGCUGAAAGGCAUUUGCCUCCACGGCUACCAUGAUGGCCCUGAAUGCCAUCUGGCAAAAAUAUGCCGAAAGCUUGCUGCCAUCAUCCACCCUGAAGAAACUGUCAAGGGCCAACAGACAGACCAGUUUGCCAAAGAAUUGAAGGAGCAUGGUCCACAGAAAGAAGUUUACAAGAUCCAGGUGGCUCUGAAACUCUGUGAUGUCAUGACUAGUCUGCAUUUUGCAUCAUCGGUCAAUCUUCCUGGGUGCAUUUCUCCAGCUCACUCUGCAGAGUGCAUGAGAAGCAUUUUUCGGCUAACAUCUAAAAUCGUCAUUUAUUUUUCCACACUAAGGAAUACAGAUUAUGACUGUGAAGACUUGUUCAGGAAGUUUGCCUUGGUUAUGAGUUGGAUGUCUGCAAACCGAGCUCACUUCAAACUCCUUGUCUGCGAUAUGCACGCAGAGCUUUACUGUUUUUUGGCCAAGCAAGCUAAAGUACCUCACGAUUCGCUUGUUGGAGUCGUCAUUAAAAAACUUAUUUCCACUUAUUCAACCUGGCGAACCGAAUUGUGGGAUACACAAGAGGUGGCAAAACUGCGCCGGCUGUCAUCAGUUGCAGAGAUAAGCACUCCAAAAUCUUCCGAGAAAAUGUCUCUACUUUGAGAGAAACUCCGAAAAGAACUGUGCGAAACAAAAAGAUUCAUAAAAUUGGGAAUGUAAUCUAUCUUUGAAAUAGCAAUUUUGUAACUGAAAGUUCUAUUUAUAGUUAUCUCCAUUUUCUGAUCUUUGUAAAUUUCUACUCCUGCCAAAUAAUAUAAAUUUGAGGCAUUUUUAUAAAAAUUUUAAUUUUUUGUUUCUGCUUACCCAAGAAAUAUACCUGAAGUAGAUUCUUCCUCAAACAAAAUUAUUAUUUUUUGUCACGUCCUCACUUGAAAAGGUUUUCAAAUUUUUGUCAGGAACAAAAUAAAUGCAGGGGCUUU